CCUCCUCAAGAAAUUAUUUCCUGUUGAACUUCUUGUCCCCAGACCUUCUCUUUGUUAGCUACAUGUUCUUCCAUGAUGAGUUGGAUGAAGUGUUGUGUGUUCCCCCUGGUGCUGCUGUGCAUGUGGCAGCUGCAAGAAGGAGCACACGCCUGCACAUGUGUUUAUGACCACCCGCAGAUGGCGUUUUGCCAAUCCGAUGUCGCCAUCAAGGCAAAGGUGGUUGCAAGGAAGGCUGUUGGCGGUAAAUUUAGCGACAACAUCAAGUAUGACAUCAAACAGACCAAGAUAUUUAAAGGCCCCAAAAGACACUUUAAUACCUUCUACACUGGAUCCUCCUCUUCAGCAUGUGGUGUGAAUCUGAACAAAGGUGUACAAUAUUUUAUCACAGGCCAACUUCAGACUGACGGGUCACUGCGCGUGUCAUCCUGUAACUACGUUGUUCCCUGGAAAAGAAGCCACAAGAUCCUGGUAGAACGUUAUAAGAUGGGCUGUGAUUGCCAGAUCACUCGCUGCUAUGGUGACCCGUGCGGGGACCGCCAACCAGCUGGGUGCUUGUGGACGGCCUGGCUGACGGGGAAUAACCAGUCGGACAAACAGUCUGCUUGUAGAAAAAGAAAUGAUGGUUCUUGUGUCUGGUACAAGGAGGACGCCUCACCCACAAAGGGUUAAUGGAUUAAAGACUCCAAAAUCCCCACCUUGCAGGAAAUAAAAGAAAAAUCACAAAUCUA